CAAGACAAUCUGGUGACAUCCAAUAGCCAUGGCAGAAGCCGCUAACGUGCGCCAGAAUCUGCAGAAUGUGCCGUCGAUCUUUGAAAUAUCAGCGGCGGAGACGCUGGACAACCUGAUAUACCCGGCGCUGAGUAAAAUCUUCGACUACUUUGGCCUGCGGCUGGACUUUAAACUCUGGGGCAACCUGCGAGUGCGGGAGGAGCUGUCGCCGCUGCUAACCUGGAUCCUGCAGUACCUAUACCUGCGGAACCGCGCCUCCUCCUUCGGCGAGAGCUUCUACGGACUGCAGCGCACAGCCACUGGGACGGGAGAGCUCUCCCGCCUCACGCUGCGAUACCCGAGUGAGCCGCCUCAGGAGGACAAGUGGACUUACAUAUUCCUGAAAAUGCUGGAGGUGCUGGCCUUCUUCCUGCAGUUCAUCCAGUGGUGGUACUCCAACGAUCAACGCCGUAAGGUCGGCGGCACGCUGCAGAACCCCGAGGCCAUGCAAAAGCGAGAUCUUCCCGAGGAGGUGAAGCAGACGCUGCCCCAGAUAGGCAAGUGCCCCAUCUGCCUGCUUCCCCUGCAAACACCAACAGCGUGCUCCGUUUCCGGCUAUGUUUUCUGCUGGAAGUGCAUCAUCAGCCACAUGAAGGAGCACGGCACAUGUCCGGUGACGAGCUAUCCCAUCAGUCUGGACGACCUCGUGCGCAUUUACGAAACGUAGCGUAGCCAUAAGUCUGAGUGUUUAUUUUGUUAUAGAGAAUAUUUGUUAAAUACAUCUGAAUCAGAAAAAAAAA